AUAUAGAGAGCGCGGGGCGAGCAGGAGCGCAGCGCGGAGAAAAGCAGCGCCUUCGCCUCUUCCUCCUCCUCCUCCUCCUCCUCGGGCUGCUCUCCGCCUCGCCUUCCUCCUCCUCCUCCUCCCCCUCCUUCCUUCCUUCCUCCUUUGCAUAUUUGAUCACCGGGAUCCUCUCUGGUCCCGUCCCCCGACCCCUCCUUCCUUCCCUCCCCCCCCUUUCACUUCCAAACAGCACUCUUUUAAGUAUUGGAAUCGCAGCAGGCAAAGCAAGCAGAGAGGCGAAGGGGGGAAUGCACGGUUCGGGGUGGAUUUCUGGUGUCAGGGAGACUUAAUUCCUCCAUUGCGGUCUGAAUCCCUCCUGCUCCUCUUCCUUUUCUUCCCUCCUCCCUUUCUUCUGGGGAAGAGUUCAGCCGGGUCCCCUCUCCCUCCGCCCCUCUUUCCUUUUCCCACUCCCUCUCCCUCUCUCUCUCUCUCUCUCUCUCUUCUCGGCUAAAAAGCAGCCCGAGAGGCAGGAGGAAAGGGAAAGGGAAAAGAAGAAGAAGAACAAGCAGGAGGAGGAGGACAGAGGGAGGAGGAGGAGACACACAGAGAGAGAAAGAGAGAGAGAGAGAGAGAGAGAGAGAGAGACGGAGGAGAACAACAACAACAAAAAAGAAGAAGAGAGGAGCAAAGCGGAGCAGAGGGAAGAGAGAAGGGGAAGGAGAGGAGGCAGCGCGUGGGGGAGUCCACUCCCCGCGUGGGCUUUGUGCUUGCUCGGACACCCUUCCAAGAAGAAGAGAGAAGUGGCGCGUGGGCUUUGUGCUUCCUCGGACACGCUUUAAAGAAAAAGAGAAGUGGGGGAGUCCACUCGAGUCCACUCCCCCCCCCACCCGCGUGGGCUUUGUGCCUGCUCGGACACGCUUUGAAAAAGAAGACAGGAGCAAAGCGGAGGGAAGAGAAGGAAGGGAAGAGAAGUCCUCUCCGCGCGUAGAGGAGUCCACUCCCCGCGUGGGCUUUGUGCUCGCUCGGACACCCUUCCUUUGCCUUCUUUCCUGUCUCUUCCUUCCUUUUUCAUUCCCUCCCCGCCCCCUUUCUUUCCCUCCUUCCCUUCUCUUUCUCUCUCUCCCAUUCUGCCGCUUCUCUCCCUCCCCCCUUUCUCUCCUCUCCUUUCCUUUCUUGCCCUCCUUCCGGUGGAUGUUUCUCCAGCUUCGCCCAACUCCCAGCCACGGACGCCGCUGCCGAAACGAGCCCGAGCUUCCUCCUUCCCUUCCUCCGGAGGGCUUUUCGGCUUCCUCUCCCCGCCCUCCUUCCUUCUUUCCCCCCUUCUCCUCCUUCUCCUUUUUCCCAUGGCUUUCCUGAAUGGCUGACUGGAGCCGGCCCUGGAUUUGUCCCCCGGACCUCCUCCUCCUCCUCCUCCGGCUGCAAGGGAGAAGAGAGGGAGGGGGAAACCCUUGAAGGAGGAGAAGAAGCAGGAGGAGGAGAGGGAAACAACCCCAGCCUGAGCUUCUCUGUGCCUGUCCUUUCCCUUCAGCCUCAGCUUAACCCUUGAAGAAGGAGGAGAAGAAGCAGGAGGAGGAGAGGGAAGCCUCUCUGUGUCUGUCCUUUUCCUUCAGCCUCAACUUAACCCUUGAAGAAGGAGGAGAAGAGGGAAGCAACCCCAGCCUGAGCCUCUCUCUGCCUGUCCUUUCCCUUCGCCUCAACUUUCCCUCUUCCUUGCUUCCUUUCUUUUCGGCUGCCAGACAAUCUCCUCCGCGCUGCCCUCUCUCCUUCCCUUCUUUCUCUUUCUCCGGCUCCUCCCAAAGCGAGGAAGAACUCCCCUGAACUUAAGGACCUUCAUUCAUUUCGCCCGGAGACAGAAAAAGCGAAGCCAAGGCAUCCGUUGACUCCGUGAGCUUCGAACAGAAGGACAUUCGCUGCUUUGCACGCGAGAGGAAAGCCAGGCAGCCCUCGCUCCGGAGGACAUUUUCGCCACGAAAUAAACAAACACACAAAAAGGAGAGGGCUUGGACAUUCCAGCAAAGGCGUAAAGAAAGGCAGCCUUCACUCUGGAGGACAUUUUCGCCACCGAAUAAAUCAACAAAAGGGAGAGACUUGAGGAGAUUGUGGCGAGGCAGGAGAGAGGAGGCAAACUCUCCGAGAACUCUUAACUUCAGGACGUUCAAAGCGCGGAAGAGGGGAAUCCAUGCCUUGAGGACUUUGGAGAGGGGAGGAAAAGGAAGACAAGACUGACAAUUGCAGGGAAAGAGAAAGGAGAACUUCUAAUUUGGGGAGAGGAGAGAAGGCAGGGGGGACUUGAGGGUCAAUAGAAGCAGGAGGAGGAGGAGGAGAGCGCUGGGGGCAGAGGAGGAGGAGGAAGAGGAAGAAGAAGAGGCGAGCGGCGGGCCCGGUGGACGCUCAGCGGCGUGGAGGCUCUCCUAUGCCUGCCGCGGCGCGUGGGUAGCGUGGGUAGCGUGGGCGGGGCCGGAGCCAAGCUGCAAGCGCCGUGCUCGGACUCCUCUUCAGGCGGCGUUGGCGGGCUCCCUUCUUGGGGGGGAGCCACGACGACGACGGGGGGCCGGCCGCUUUGGCCCCGGGGUCCCUUAGAGAUGGCCAUGGUGGUGGGCGCCUGGCGAGACCCCGCCGACGACGUGCCCGCCGGGCCCCAGCCCCCGCCCCCCGCCUCGCAGGGGCCCCCGGGCUCCGGGCCGCCCUCGGGCGCGCCCCACACCCCGCAGGCCGGGCCCCCGCCCCCCACGCCGGCCCAGAGCAACGCCAGCAGCCAGGGCGGAGGAGGCAACGGCAACGGCAACGGGCAAGGCGGCGACAAGACCCAGCAGCAGCAGCAGCACAUCGAGUGCGUGGUCUGCGGGGACAAGUCCAGCGGGAAGCACUACGGGCAGUUCACCUGCGAGGGCUGCAAGAGCUUCUUCAAGCGCUCCGUCCGGAGGAACCUCAGCUACACGUGCCGCGCCAACCGGAACUGCCCCAUCGACCAGCACCACCGCAACCAGUGCCAAUACUGCCGCCUCAAGAAAUGCCUCAAGGUUGGCAUGAGGCGGGAAGUCUCUUCCUUCUUUACUGCAGCCGUGCAGCGGGGCAGGAUGCCGCCCACUCAGCCGACCCACGGCCAGUUCGCCUUGACCAACGGGGACCCGCUCAACUGCCACUCGUACCUCUCGGGAUAUAUCUCGCUGCUCCUGCGGGCCGAGCCCUACCCGACCUCCCGCUUCGGCAGCCAGUGCAUGCAGCCCAACAACAUCAUGGGCAUCGAGAACAUUUGCGAGCUGGCCGCCCGCAUGCUCUUCAGCGCCGUGGAGUGGGCCCGGAAUAUCCCCUUCUUCCCCGACCUGCAGAUCACCGACCAGGUGGCCCUGCUGCGGCUCACCUGGAGCGAGCUCUUCGUCCUCAACGCCGCCCAGUGCUCCAUGCCCCUCCACGUCGCCCCGCUCCUGGCCGCCGCCGGCCUCCACGCCUCGCCCAUGUCCGCCGACCGGGUGGUGGCCUUCAUGGACCACAUACGCAUCUUCCAGGAGCAGGUGGAGAAGCUCAAGGCCUUACACGUGGACUCGGCCGAAUACAGCUGCUUGAAGGCCAUCGUCCUCUUCACCUCAGAUGCGUGUGGUCUCUCCGACGUGGCCCACGUCGAAAGUUUACAGGAGAAGUCCCAAUGCGCGCUGGAGGAGUACGUCCGGAGCCAGUACCCGAACCAACCCACGCGCUUUGGCAAACUGUUGUUACGCCUCCCGUCUCUGCGCACCGUCUCUUCCUCGGUCAUAGAGCAAUUGUUUUUCGUCCGUUUGGUAGGUAAAACCCCCAUCGAGACCCUGAUCCGGGAUAUGUUACUGUCUGGAAGCAGUUUUAACUGGCCUUACAUGGCCAUUCAAUAAGGAGAAGGAGGAGGCAAAGAAUAUCAAUAAAUACGAAAUGAGAAAAAAAAAUAUCCGAAUGGCUGAAAGGGAGGAAACAAACCAAACUACCGAAACCAGCGCAAUCAGAGCAAUUUUGUUGGGGGGGGGGGGGGGGGGUGGUGGAAAGAUUCGGAACAGAGAUUCUUUUUUCCCCCCUUUUCUUUAUUUCUUUCCUCCUUUCGGUUUGUUUUCUUGGCAAGUUGACAUUGGGGUCUGGCUAAGAAAUAAUAAUGAUAUUGAUAAAGUCCUUCAGCUCCCCAAGGAGGUUGGUUUGGAUCCACUUUGGCUAAAAGAAGAGAAUUGGCCCUGGACUUUUUGCAUUGACUCGAAAACAAAAACAAAAAAAAUAAGAGACUCUCGAAAUGAACUUUUUACAGAAUGCAUUCAGAGAAGAAGAAAAAAUUCCUUGUCGUUCAAAAGUUGCUCUUUCUCGCUCUUUCUCUCUCUUUCUUGUUUUUUUAAAAAGGAAAUAAUGUUUUUUUUUCUUCCUCUCAUUUGUCUGUGGGGGUGUUAAACUUUGGAACACAGUCUCUUGCGAAAAGUGCAUUUUAGAGGAGAUCUGGAGAUAAUUAACAGAAUGGAAACAAUCCUCUUUCUUUUUUUCUUUUUUUCCUUCUUUCUUUCUUUCCUUCUUUCUUUCUUUCUUUCUUUCUUUCUUUCUUUCUUUCUUUCUUUCUUUCUUUCUUUCUUUCUUUCUUUCCUUCCUUCUCUUUCUCUCCUUCCUUCUGCCCCAAACUGUCCUAUGUUGCCUGUUGUACCUAAUAGAGUUUUGUUUGGGGUUGGGCUUUUUUAAUUUCUCCCCCUUCUUUUUGUAUAUUUCCUCUCUUUCUUUCUCUCUCUCUCCUGGUUCCAAACCAGUUGAUUCUGUGGUUUGAUAUAAUCUUGGUUUGAAGAAAAUAAAUAAUAAUCUGUGUAUCCUUUUGAAAAAAAAAUGUUCUGAAAGAAUUAAAACUGUUAAGGGAAGGUUUCUGAGAAAGGAAAUAUAUAUAUAUCAAUCCCCCCCUCAAAAAAAAUAUGAAAAAUAAUAGGGAAGCGCACUUAAAAAAACUGCCCAGCCCACAUUUAGCUCCAAGCAAAGCAUCACAGUUUUAAUGCUCCAGAUCCCAAAUAAAUACAAGAAACCACUAUUUUAUUCCUCUCCACCUCCCCACCUUCACCCCAAACCUCUCCUAGGGUUUUGUAUCUCUAUUUUCAAGACAAAGCUUGGAUUUUGGGAAGGGAAAUAAAUGGAUAUUUCUUAGAGGGAGAUGGAAUAUUGCGUCUAAGACGCAACUUGGUUUGUUUUUGUUGUUGUUUUUGGUGACAAUGAGAUCCAUUCAGACCCACUACGCACACAAAACCCAACUGCACCCAGAGAGAAUCAUCACCAAGUGAACUUUUUUUGUAAUUGGAAUGAAAUUUCGGGUUUUCCCCCUCUCCGCCUCCUUGUUCCCCCCAAUUGUUACCUACUUACCGAGUCCCCUCUUUAUCUGUUUGUAUAUUUGCAAGCUCUUUGUAUUAUAAUACUUGUUGAUAUUUUCCCCCCUUUUUUUAAAGAAAAAAAGAAGAAAAAACCAUUGAAUUCAGCAUGACAAAAAAAAUAACACUACUGUUGGCACUUAUAGAUAACGUGGUUGAUUCAGUAUCUUAGAGUUUACAGUUUUUGUGUUUUAAAGAGGAAAAAAAGCUGAAGGUUUUUUUUUUUUGAAAAGUGCAACAUUUCUGUAUACUGUAAAAGUUAUAAUAACUGAAAACUGUUUGGUCCAGUCUUUGUGUGUUAUAUUCCAAGGAAAAAAAUUGAAAGUAUUCAGAAAUUAAAAUAUUAUUUGAUAUCUGA